UCCUCUCCGCGCUCCCUGCGCUGGAGCCGCGUGCGGCAGCGGCGGGGCCGGGGCUUGCCGGGCGGACGGCGCUUCCUCUGCCGCUGCCCCCUCGUGCUGCUCCACGCGCGUUGCCGUCGCGCCGGGGGCCGCGGGCUGCGGAUGCGGCGGGAGCCCGGGGAGGGGCCGAGGGGGGGCGGCUGCCGGGGCGCGAUCCUGGUCCCGCCGCCCGGGGGGGACGCGGCGCUGCGGGGAGCGGGGCCGUGAGGGGCCGGGAGGUGCCCGGCUCUAUGCGGGGCGGCCAUGGAGAAGUUGUACCUGGCGGGGAGCGGCCUGUGGGCCAACGGCUCGCUGGGGAACGGCAGCUUGCAGCCCGAGGACAGGGCGGCCGCCAGGAACGGCACCGCGGACCCUCUGAAGCGGAACGAGGACAUGGCCAAGGUGGAGGUGACCGUGCUCUGCCUCAUCCUCUUCCUCGCACUGAGCGGCAACCUGUGCGUGCUGCUGGCCAUCCACACCACCCGGCAGAAGCACUCCCGCAUGUACUUCUUCAUGAAGCACCUGAGCAUCGCCGACCUAGUGGUGGCCGUUUUCCAGGUCCUGCCCCAGCUCAUAUGGGACAUUACCUUCAGGUUCUACGGCCCCGACUUCCUUUGCCGGCUGAUCAAGUACUUGCAGGUGGUGGGGAUGUUCGCCUCCACCUACAUGCUCCUGCUGAUGUCCCUGGACCGCUGCUUGGCCAUCUGUCAGCCGCUGCGGUCCCUGCACAGGCGGGCGGACCGGGUCUCCGUCCUGCUCACCUGGCUGCUGUGCCUGCUGGUCAGCAUCCCCCAGAUCCACAUCUUUUCUCUGCGGGAUGUGGGGAACGGAGUGUAUGACUGCUGGGCGGACUUCAUCCAGCCCUGGGGACCCAAAGCCUAUGUCACCUGGAUAACCCUCAUGGUCUACAUCAUCCCCGUAUUGAUGCUGAGCGUCUGCUACGGCUUAAUCAGCUUCAAAAUCUGGCAGAACGUGAAGCUGAAGACGGCCCACGGGCCGCCCGGGGGGCUGAGCUCCACAGCCCGCGGCGGAGCGGCGUUUGCCAGGGUCAGCAGCACGCGGCUCAUCUCCAAAGCCAAGAUCCGGACGGUCAAAAUGACCUUCAUCAUCGUGCUGGCGUUCAUCGUGUGCUGGACGCCCUUCUUCUUCGUGCAGAUGUGGUCGGUGUGGGACACCAACGCUCCGCAGGAAGCCUCCCCCUUCAUCAUCGCCAUGCUGCUGGCCAGCCUCAACAGCUGCUGCAACCCCUGGAUCUACAUGCUGUACACGGGGCACCUGUUCCACGACCUGAUGCGGCGCUUCCUCUGCUGCUCCGCGCGCUACCUGAAGGCGCGGCCGUCCUGCGAGCUGAGCGUGGGCAGGAAGAGCCACUCGUCCUCCUUCGUGCUCAGCUGCCGCAGCAGCAGCCAGCGCAGCCUGGCGCAGCCGCCCACCACGUGAGGGCACGCCGGGCCGAGUGCCGGGAAGCGCUGGGACUGGGAGAGGGGAGUGCUGUGUAAAUAAGUGUACAUAGGUCUGUGCCGGUGAGCACGGGCAGCGCGUGGUGUUGGGCUGGGCAGCGGCGAGGAGGGCUCUGCGCUCGGGGCUGUGUGGGGCUGAGCAGCACCUGAGCCCGUUCCCACUGGUGGCUUUAAUACAUGGACCGUUGCCGGAGCCCCCCCUGCACCCCACGUGGAGCGCACCCGGGACAGUGCAGGGCACGGGGCUGGGGGUGAGCGCUGCGGGAUGGCAGGAGGAAUGCCAACAUGGGAUCGGGGAUCUGUGCAAGAAUACAUCUGCUGAGCACACUCAAGGCUUCUCCUAAGGCAUCUGGGUUACACUGGGCUCCGGGGGGCUGAGGAGCUGCCAUCGGGUCCCCCAUGGCCAAGCACUUGUUCUGGGUUUGUGGUUGAUAGCGUCUGAUCUUUCCCACCAAUGCAACCUUCUCGCUUUGUAAUGCACAAGGUCAUGCUCACGGCAUGGGUUUUUUAAUUGUUAAGAAAUACUGUAAAUAAAACUUUCUGACUGCAUCUUGAUGGAGAGCAGGAGGAGCACUGUGCCAAAGAACGAAGGACACGGAUGGGUGCGAUGCGCUGCACAUGGCACUUGGGUGUGAGGAUGCUUUUGUGCACAGGGCACCGUGCUGGGCACUGUGUGCAGUGCUCCAUGUGCUGCAUGAGGGCGGUGCUGGAGGGGGCCCGGCGCUGCCCCCACCCUCACUGCCUGCCCCCCCGUGUGUGCAGCAAGGUUCAGCCUUAGUGUUGGGAGUGGGCAUGAAAAGCGCACUGAAAUACGUACCAGUUUAUUUUUUCACUGUCACCAACAUGUACAUUGUCUCCUGUCAUAUCGUGGCGUUCCUUUGCAUGUUUUUCCAGGAGCUACGAGUGAGUUCUCAGCACACUGCUGACCGUGACCCAGCACAGCCCAUCUCGGCACCUUCUACCAGGCUGGUUUAAAGCGUUCCCAAAGCACACCACUUUUCCCCUUUGUUCGUCUUCUUUCUCCCGGUGGUGGAGCAGGGCGGGGUGGGGAUCCAGGGACUUGUCGCUACAAGGGGACACCAACCACGGCCUCAAAGGGCCAAAG